AUGCCGCUCGGGCUCAAGUACAACACUCUCUCCAGGAGUAGCCCAUGCAUCGUGGCUGCGCACAAUCUCCGCGAUUGGAGCCUGAAUCGUCGGCGCUUGGUUCCUGAGCAGACCGCCAGCUCACCGGACUUCUCGCACCUGGACCGCAUUGACCUCAUCGGAGGCAAUGGCAGGUGGCGCCAGAUACGCGCAGAAGAGGAGUUUGCACGGCGAGCAGUAGAAGAAGAGAAGCGUCUCCGAGCGCAGCAGGAGGAAGAGGAAAAGAGGCGCCAGCGGAAGCUCGCCCUUCAGGCAAAGCGCCGCCGUUUGCAGGAAGAGGAAGAGAGGAGACGGAAAGAAGAGCGUGAACGCCAACAUCAAGAGACGGUCCGGAUCGAGGAACUAAAACGGAUCGAGGAGGAGCGUGAGAGGCACCGCAAAGAGCAGGAGGAGAAGGAUUGGCUGGCCAGGCAGCCCAAGCCAUGCCAGGUUUGCUCAGGCACAGGGAAAUGCAUACAAUGCGUGGGCAUCGGCCACAAUCCCGUGCUGUACCUGGCGGCUAAUGUGACGGGAAAAAACACGAAGGGAGACUAUGGCCGGCGACUACAAGGCUGUGAUGGCUGCUUCGGGUUCAAGCAGAACAUGAUGGCUGAUCUGAAGAAGGGCACUGGUCGUUGUCCAAGCUGCGAUGGCUGGGGCAAGAUCAGACCAGACAUAGACCUCACCUCGCCGACCGGCCGAACGAAGAGGAACAGCGUCUGUGCUGCACCCACCGGCUUUUUCUCUAUCGGCUGA